AGGAAAGGAGAGAGAGAUGCAAGCCGCCCUAGCUCCUUUUCCUCCCCUUUAAGGCUGCCUGGUUACGGUCCUGGGAAAGAAAACCCCUGCAUUCCUCCCCUUUAAUUUGGUUUAUUGUCGAAGCACUGGAGCAGCUAAUCCUCACAGACCUGUAGGAGCUGGAGUGGGAGGACCACAAGAACCAUUCUCUCCGAGUCCCGGGGGCUCCCGGAGGCGGCUAGCAGGGCUCUCGCUGCUGGCCUGGCUGUAGUGCAUGGCUGCCCAGCUGCUUGCUCAGGAGCCAGACCAAGUGAGGAGGAGGAAGAUCUCUGAGAAGGGUCGAGGGAGUCAAGCAGGUUCCGUCUUGGCACCCCUGGAAGCUUCAACUCUGGAGGCCAUGGGUCGGAAGGAAGACGAGGACUGCAGUUCCUGGAAGAAACAGACCACCAACAUCCGGAAAACCUUCAUCUUCAUGGAAGUGCUGGGAUCAGGUGCUUUUUCAGAAGUCUUCCUGGUGAAGCAAAGGGUAACUGGGAAACUCUUUGCCCUCAAGUGCAUCAAAAAGUCACCGGCCUUCCGGGACAGCAGCCUGGAGAAUGAGAUCGCCGUGUUGAAAAAGAUCAAGCACGAGAACAUCGUGACCUUGGAGGACAUCUACGAGAGCGCCACUCACUACUACCUGGUCAUGCAGCUGGUUUCUGGUGGGGAGCUCUUUGACCGGAUCCUGGAACGGGGUGUCUACACAGAGAGGGAUGCCAGCCUUGUGAUUCGGCAGGUCUUGGCAGCAGUGAAAUACCUCCACGAGAACGGCAUCGUCCACAGAGACUUAAAGCCUGAAAACCUGCUGUACCUCACCCCGGAGGAGAAUUCUAAGAUCAUGAUUACUGACUUUGGUCUUUCCAAGAUGGAGCAGAGUGGCGUCAUGUCCACAGCCUGUGGAACCCCAGGCUAUGUGGCUCCAGAAGUCUUGGCCCAGAAACCCUACAGCAAGGCCGUGGAUUGCUGGUCCAUUGGCGUCAUCACUUACAUAUUGCUGUGUGGGUACCCCCCCUUCUAUGAAGAAACUGAGUCCAAGCUUUUUGAGAAGAUCAAGGAGGGCUACUACGAGUUUGAGUCUCCGUUCUGGGAUGACAUUUCUGAGUCAGCCAAGGAUUUUAUUUGCCACUUGCUGGAGAAGGACCCGAAGGAGCGGUACACCUGUGAAAAGGCCUUGAGACACCCCUGGAUUAACGGGAACACAGCCCUCCACCGGGACAUCUACCCGUCCGUCAGCCUCCAGAUCCAGAAGAACUUUGCCAAGAGCAAGUGGAGGCAAGCCUUCAACGCAGCAGCCGUGGUGCAUCACAUGAGAAAGCUGCACAUGAACCUGCACAGCCCGGGGGGCCGCCCGGAGGUGGAGAACAGACCGCCAGUGACUCAAGCCUCCGAUGCCUCGAGACCCAGCACCCCUGAGAUCACCAUCACCGAGGCACCCGCCCUGGACCAGAGCGUGGCACUCCCUGCCCUGCCCCGACUGCCCUGCCAGCACGGCCCCCGGCCCACUGCCCCCGGGGGCAGGUCCCUCAACUGCCUGGUCAAUGGCUCCCUCCGCAUUAGCAGCAGCCUGGUGCCCAUGGAGCAGGGGCGCCUGGCCACUGGGCCGUGCGGCUGCUGCUCCAGCUGCCUGAGCGUCGAGACCAAGGGCAAGUCCUCCUACUGCUCCGAGCCCACGCUUCUCAAAAAGGCCAAAAAACAAAACUUCAAAUCAGAGGUCAUGGUGCCAGGGAAAGCGGGCGGCAGCUCCCACUGCCGAGUGGGGCAGACUGGAGUCUGUCUGAUCAUGUGAUCCCUGGAGCUCGCCUCUGUGUCAUUACACUUUUCAGGAAAGAUGUUCGGCUCUGCUCUGCCCUUCCAAGCCUGGAGUCCACCCUGCACGGGAGGAAGGGGAGCCAGCCGAGCAGCACCUGGUCGGAAGCAGCAGCCCACGGGGGCAGCCCCUCCGGGAAGGCGGCAGCGUGAGCCCCCAGCCCAGGCCCGGCUGAAGCGGUGGGCGGGAAGCAGUUGGGGCCGGGUCCCCAGGGCUCCCGGGCGGCCGGCUCUGCGCCCCCACCCGCGCCGCGGCUCCGCGCAGCGUCCAGAGAGCUCCUGCCCAGUCCGUGUUGUCCGUCGUGAAAGGCUUUGCGGGCUGGCCAGGCUGCGCCACCUUCUCUCGAGCAAAGCCAUACGGGGCAUCACCCAGAGUCCCCGCUCAGCACACACUGGCUGCGGCCUCUUCCGUCUCCACCCCCCUGGGCCUGCCCAUCUGCAUGAAUGACAGGCAGCUUCACCGCCUGCCUGUGAGCUCUCCAAGUUCAAAUCCCCUCUCCUGGAUUAGCGCCCCAGCCGGCCAGCCUACCCCACACCCCCGAACCACCUGCCUCCCAGCCCCAGGCCCAGAGCAGGACCCCGUGUCCCGGAUGAAGAAGAAAGAACCCACGACCUGGUGCUGUGAGGAGUGGCGGUCCUGGCCAGGCCCCCCCACACUCGAUUCAGCCCAAACUGGAAGGCCCCCUUUCAGCCAGUGAUUCCAAGCCUGUGUCUGCUCUUCUUUCUCUCCCCGAAAAUCCUGAACAUGGGCCGUUGUUCUUGUCUGGCUCCGGUUCUCCUGCCUCCCUGGCUCCCCUGCCCCCUCCUGCUUCAUGCUCUGUGUUGUGCUGAAUAAAAUGGACAUAUUUUUCUCUA